AUGGGGACGGUUCUUCAUGCGGCGGGCCCGUUUGAAGGAAAAAAGAGCUGGAAUCUCGUCCCAAGGUCUUCCCGGGCUCACAAACGCCCUUAUAUGGGGACGGUUCUUCAUGCGGCGGGCCCGUUUGAAGGAAAAAAGAGCGGGAGAACGGGCCCGUUCUAUCCAUCAUCCCGCCCCAUGCCCCCGCUUUCCAUCACCCCUCCCCAUUCUCCCUCCUUCCAUCACCCUGCCCCAUUCUCUCGCUUUCCAUCACCCCGCCCCAUUCUCCCGCUUUCCAUCACGCCGCCCCAUUCUCCCGCUUUCCAUCACCCCGCCCCAUUCUCCCUCCUUCCAUCACCCCUCCCCAUUCUCCCGCUUUCCAUCACCCCGCCCCAUUCUCCUUUCUUCCAUCACCCCGCCCCAUUCUCCCUCAUUCCAUUACCCCGCCCCAUUCUCCCGCUUUCCAUCACCCCGCCCCAUUCUCCCGCUUCCCAUAACCCCACCCCAUUCUCCCGCUUUCCAUCACCCCGCCACAUUUUCCCACUUUCCAUCACCUCGCCCCAUACUCCUUCCUUCUAUCACCCCGCCCCAUUCUCCCGAUUUCCAUCAGCCCGCCCCAUUCUCCCGCUUUCCAUCACCCCGCCCCUUUCUCCCGCUUUCCAUCUCCCCGCCCCAUUCUCCCGCUUUCCAUCACCCCGCCCCAUUCUCCCGCUUUCCAUCACCUCGCCCCAUUCUUCCGCUUCCCAUCAUCCCGCCCCAUUCCACCGCUUUCCAUCACCCCUCCCCAUUCUCCCUCCUUCCAUCACCCCGCCCCAUUCUUCCGCUUUCCAUCACCCGCCCCAUUCUCCCGCUUUCCAUCACCUCGCCCCAUUCUCCCGCUUUCCAUCACCCCGCCCCAUUCUUUUGCUUUCCAUCACCCCGCCCCAUUCUCCCGCUUUCCAUCACCCUGCCCCAUUCACCCGCUUUCCAUCACCCGCCCCAUUCUCCCGCUUUCCAUCACCCCGCCCCAUUCUCCCGCUUUCCAUCUGCCCGCUCCAUUCUCCCGCUUUCCAUCACCCCGCCCCAUUCUCCCGCUUUCCAUCACCCCGCCCCAUUCUCCCGCUUUCCAUCACUCCGACCCAUUCUCCCGCUUUCCAUCACCCCGACCCAUUCUCCCACUUUCCAACACCCCGCCCCAUUCUCCCUCCUUCCAUCACCCUGCCUCAUUCUCCCUCCUUCCAUCACCCCGCCCCAUUCUCCCGCUUUCCAUCACCUCGCCCCAUUCUCCCGCUUUCCAUCACCCAGCCCCAUUCUUUCGCUUUCCAUCACCCCGCCCCAUUUUCCCGCUUUCCAUCACCCCGCCCCAUUCUCCCGCUUUCCAUCACCCUGCCCCAAUCUCCCGCUUUCCAUCACCCCGCCCCAUUCUCCCUCCUUCCAUCACCCCGCCCCAUUCUCCCGCUUUCCAUCACCCCGCCCCAUUCUCCUGCUUUCCAUCACCCAGCCCCAUUCUCCCGCUUUCCAUCACCCCACCCCAUUCUCCCGCUUUCCAUCACCCCACCCCAUUCUCCCUCCUUCCAUCACCCCGCCCCAUUCUCCCACCUUCCAUCACCCCGCCCCAUUCUCCCGCUUUCCAUCACCCCGCCCCAUUCUCCCUCCUUCCAUCACCCCGCCCCAUUCUCCCUCCUUCCAUCACCCCGCCCCAUUCUCCCGCUUUCCAUCACCCCGCCCCAUUCUCCCGCUUCCCAUAACCCCACCCCAUUCUCCCGCUUUCCAUCACCCCGCCACAUUCUCCCGCUUUCUAUCACCCCGCCCCAUUCUCCCUCCUUCCAUCACCCCGCCCCAUUCUCCCGCUUUCCAUCACCCCGCCCCAUUCUCCCGAUUUCCAUCACCCCGCCCCAUUCUCCCGCUUUCCAUCACCCCGCCCCAUUCUCCCGCUUUCCAUCACCCCGCCCCAUUCUCCCGCUUUCCAUCAUCCCGCCCCAUUCUCCCUCCUUCCAUCACCCCGCCCCAUUCUUCCGCUUCCCAUCAUCCCGCCCCAUUCCCCCGCUUUCCAUCACCCCUCCCCAUUCUCCCUCAAUCCAUCACCCCGCCCCAUUCUCUCGCUUUCCAUCACCCCGCCCCAUUCUCCCACUUUCCAUCACCCCGCCCCAUUUUCCCGCUUUCCAUCACUCCGCCCCAUUAUCCCUCCUUCCAUCACCCCGCCCCAUUCUCCCUCCUUCCAUCACCCCGCCCCAUUCUCCCGCUUUCCAUCACCCCGCCCCAAUCUCCUGCUUUCCAUUACCCGCCCCAUUCUCCCGCUUUCCAUAA